AUGCUAAAAUCGUUAAAACAGUGCAAAGAAGAUAGAUUUAUGAUUUCGGAUUUUUGGUUAUCAAAUUGCGUAUAUGAUUAUGAAGAAAAAUUAUUUUUCAUAAAGAAGAGAAAAGAACCUAUUCAACCCGUUCAUAAAUCUAUUUCUCUUUACAAAAGGAAUUUUUUUUUCUUCCUUUUCGUCCUUUAUCGCGGAUUCGGUUUAUGGCUGCCUUUUUUGAGAGAUUCACUUGAAAAAUGGAUGAGCACUGGAGAUACGAUAAUACCGUUGGAAAAUAACGAGUUUGGCUGA